CUGACACAGAGCAGUGCCUUUCUUCCGCACGCCAGACCAGUCCAGCCAGGCAACGUGUAGGCGUCAUGACGUCCCUUCUUCGCGCUAGGACAUUUUUCCACCUGCUCUACCGCAGCCAUGCGACGCCGCUCGGCGGGCCGUUGGCCGUUCAUCACGCUGCGCCAGCAGGAGCUAGUUCCGCAGCUCAGGCCGCGUCAAAGCUGCCAAAGUUUCGGCGUUCGUUUGGCUCAACAACAAGAACCCAGUUCCUGCGCGAUGAGCGAAUGGUCGCACGCGGUUCACCACGACGGCCGCUCCCGCGCCCAAGGAGCCUCGGCUCGAGUAGCAUCAACAACUUGCUGAUAACGCGUCCCACUGGAACCAUUGGUGCUCGGUCCACGACUAGUGUACGCCUCGCCUCGACUAUCUUGACCGACGACAUGAGAGACAACACGAAUAAUCACCAAAGACAGCUAGGGUCCCACUUGGGGCUGCGUCGGCAUGCCACACGAGGCUCCGAGAUGCACACAAGAUCUCAGGUCCAGGGCCCGGUGUCAAUGUAGGCAUGGGUGCUGUGCUGAAAUGUUCCUCCGAUUUACUACCGACGACCUCU